AUGCAUAAUCAAGCCAGGAAGGCUGAUGUCGAAUGUCGAAACACUUCAACCAACCUUUUCAAAAGUGAGAUCCUGGUGGUGGUGAAGUCUUCUAACCCACCAUUAGGCAAAGUCUUAUUUGCCGAAAAUUUCAGGCCAAAACCUCAGUAUCCUCUUGAUUCAGACUGGCAAAUGACCACUAUGGUUUUUGUGUUGCUAUGCACAGUGAAGGAAAAUGAAGAUAUCUUAGACACCCUCCCUCCCCCCACCCCUUUGACGACGCUGGCGCAGUUCGUCGCUUUGCCGAGUCACGCUCGCCGCUUCCGCCGACACCGGCUUCGCCUCGCAACGCAACUCGGUGUUUGCUCGCUCAGUUCGCGCCUGCUGUUGCACGUUGGCGCACCGGUCCGAGACCGUCGGGUCCCGUCGACACUUGUUCUAGCGUUCAGCCGUCCCGGGUGCGCCACCCUUGGAGCCCUGCGACGCCAGGAGGAGCGCGAAGCAGCCAGCAGCGCCGGGAGGCAGGCACGCGAGGGAGCUUUGACCGGUGAGACAUUCCAACGCAGCUGCGCAUCGCCCGCUCUGCGGCGGCCGCGGUUCGAACCUGCGGCCGCGCACGUGUCGCUUGGGUGGUGGGGCGGGCCGGGGCGAGCUACGCCGUGUUGCGCCUGCGUGGAGUGUUCUGCGCCCUUUGGCACAUGGGCUGCCCCGGCCCAGACCCCCAGGCACCCGCCCCGACCGACCGUCCGGCCAGCCGCCCGUCUGCCCGCUGGUCGUCGCGGCCCCGGCGUGUGGGCAACAUUUUGGAGAACACGCUUGGGCAGUGAGCCAUGCAACACUCUGGUAACCGUUGAUAAUUCGAAUCAUUUCCAUUCCUGGACGUUGGGUCGUGCGUCGAGAAGCGUGCACUGCGGAGCGAAUGGGCCGCUGCCUGCACUUCGCCAGGGUGCGCAGCACGCCCUGAGGUCAUGGCGUCUCGCGCGCGCCGAAGGUCGGCGCGUGACGUCACUGGACGCGCCAGCGCGGCCUCUGCCAGGGACGCUGUACGGCCGCGGCGGCGGCGGCGGCAGCAUCAGCAGCGCUGCGACGGACAGCGGCGUCAAUGAAUUCGUCGGCAACGCCAAGCCGGUUCUACGAACUCCUGCGCAGCAGCCUAUUGGGUCGCUGCAUCAUGGCUUGAAAGGGGCGACGUGUGGUGUAGUGAUCUGGCCGUUAAUUUUUCACCUCUGGAUACCAGAGUUCGAAUUUUGGUCACUUCGUGUGCGGUUUGUGGUUGCCAAACCAGUAUCUACUGAUCUCAAGAAUACUACCUUCAUACGUUACCUUCACAAGUAUACCAGCAUCUUCGAGUAUUAUGAGUUAGGCAAAAAAGACAAAGGAAUUUCAUCAUUCAUCAAAAGCUGGUGUCCGAUAACCUUUAGUGAUCGCGAUGAAAGUCCAUUUAUUACCAAUGCAGGAGAUAAUGUUAUGCUGUCAACGAUUGGGAAAUGGCGGAUACUUUCUUCUAAGAAUUACAUCAUGUGUGAAUUGGAAGGGAAGCCAACCACUGGAGCGUGCGCGGACGGACACCCUCGUGCUCUGGCGGAGAAAGCGGCGAUGGAGGCGAUAGGGCGCGUGAGGGGCGUCGCGACGCCGCGCGAAUGGCGCCUCCCCGUUGGCGGCGCGACGCCCCAACUGGCCGCGGCCGCGACGGGCACUCGCUGCACCGCCAUUGCGGAAGCGGCGCUUUGCAAUCGUAGAGAAAAGGAGAGAACAAGCAAAGACAACGACGUUGUCGUCGUCGUCGUCGUCGUCGUCCUCACUGUUAUUGCAGCAGUUGAACCUGCAGUCUGCAAGGAUUGCGUAUACUUGUCCUUCGCCGUGGCCUCCAGACAGCUGUGGUGGUGGGGGCGGCGUGUACACUUUUUAAGUAGUUGUAUUGGAAUUGAAAUUGGAAUUGAAAUUGGAAUUGUAAUUGAAAAGUUAGACAUUGUUUCUCCAGCUAAUUCAGUGAGCUUAUUAGCUGAAGACAAACUAUAG